GUUACACUAGUUCUAAAAUUCGAGGCGCCGGGUUUGCAAACAUGAAGUACGUUGCAGUUUUGCUGCUUUCGGUCGUGUUGGUUUCCGCUGGACCGGUCCCAAGUUGGGAUGAAGUCGAACCGAAGGAACAGUCAAGUGGGAAGUACGAGGGUGACAUUGUGUUGACGGCGGAACAGGAAGAACAACUGCUUAAUCCCCUGAAUGGACAGUUGCAACUGAACUAUCGAUGGCCCGGUGGCGUAAUCCCUUACGAAAUUAUUGAAGAGCAUUUUACUCAGGAACAGGUCGCCAUGAUUCGGCGAGCCCUUCGGCUGAUCCAGGUAGAUUCGUGCCUCCGAUUCGUUCCUCGCACCAAUCAGAGAGACUACAUCCGUGUAAUUGGUAAUGAUUCCGGUUGCUGGUCAUACGUCGGAAAUCUCCGUCGGGGCGUUCAAGAGCUGCAUCUGUAUCCGGAUGCGCCCAAUACCGGUUGCUUCCGCAUGGGCACGAUCAUACACGAGUUUUUGCAUGCCCUUGGAUUCUUCCACAUGCAAAGCGAUCCCCAUCGGGACGAUUACGUCGACAUUCGGUUCGAGAACAUUAUCGUCGGGACGGAAAAUAAUUUCCGCAGAUAUACCGAGGACGUUGUAGGAGGCUUCGGAGUAGAUUACGACUACGGAAGCGUUAUGCAUUACGGGCGGACUGCGUUCAGCAAAAAUGGAGAAGAUACCAUUGUGCCACAUGACCCGGAAGCUGUGAUUGGUCAACGUGCCGGCAUGAGUCCCAAGGACGUCCAGAAGUUGCAGAUCAUGUACGAUUGCCCGAUUCCGUAUUGAAGUCGAAUCUGUGAUAUUAUUAGACUAGAAUAAAAAUUGGCAGGCGUACUGCACACGAGCUA